AUGAGUGUAGGAUCUUGGGAUGUGCUGUCGCAGAGAUCAUCGCCUGUGGGGCUGGAGGCGCAUGUGGCUUUCUUGAGGGACUCCGGCUUGGGGCAUGCCAGUGGCCAGCAAGAUCACAACCAACGCGUCUCGAAGGACGUCGCGCCCACAUCCAACAACCUUCUCAACACAUUUUGCAGAUAUGGUACUCCUUCUCCGAAACGUUCUCAUUGCCCCUCCUCACCAGGUCCAACCCCGACAAGACCCCAGACUGACUUGAAAGAGCUCUUCGAACAACUUGAACAUCCCGUACCUUAUCGACGUUGUAUCUCGAGGCCCGUCUGGUUACUAAUAUCCACUGCAUCUCGCCGACCGACAUUCUUCGACAAACACUUCUCUAAUAAAGCAAUCCUCAAGCGGGUGGUACACAUUCCAUCCCUAUCACGAAUUCUAGCGGAAACUGUAGAUUCAGCGCUUGAACGUGUAAAAGAUGCCCUUCCACCUCCCGACUACGCUUUCAUAACAGCCAAGCAAAGAAAGUACGCCGAAGAGCUCCAAAGAACUGACUCGGUAGACACCGAGAAAGGAGUUGCUGCCCUUUUGCAAGCAACAACCGGGACCUUCUGCCCAUAUGUGGCUUCAACGCUACUCCUGCAUCCUGAUGCUGUACCAGAAUGGCAAACUCUCAUAUGUUACUCCUCGGACGUUUCCUCCGAGUCAAGUUAUGCAAACACUGUGGACGGCGAACUUUUUUUUCGGAGAUCAUCAACCAUUGAAAUGAUGGACGGGGCCACUCGCGAGUUUAUCAAAAAGAUGCGGGCAGAUGGAACGCCGUUAACAACUUUUCAGUUGAAGAGUCUGACUGUAACUCCUUUCAGCGUAAUGGACGAUGUUACCAAAAUGACAGAGUUUUCUUGGGAGCGUUGCGAAUCCAACCCGUGCACAGACCGUAAUCACAAGACAGGAAGGGAUCAAGCUGCGAAAAUUGUUGUUGGACGUGAUGCAGUGCAUCCCCCGUGGAAUCUCCUUGCUCCACGAAUUGACCACCUAAAAACACAAACUACCCCAGUUGCAAUGGCAGGUACCUCGACAUUGGCACCAUCAAUUGCAUCAAAUUGUGGUGAGAAACGUAGAAGACCUGAUAGCGGGGUCUUCUCCAUGGAACCCUCAAUCACACCUGCCCCUCUGAAGUGCAGUAAGCGACAAAAAUUUGAUGAUGUUAAUUUGAGCGAUGAUUCAAGCGACGCGACCUAUGAGGAUCCCAGUGGCGCAAUCGAUCAGGAUCCCAGAACCAGGGACACAACGGCACUUUCCUUUGUCCAGCAGGUCUGGGCACAAGCUACAAGAGUUAACACGUCAGUUGUCGUGCUUCACUCUGGUAACCAUGAAGUUAUCGGCAUACGUCACCGAAGUUCGCAGACGCUGUACGUAUCCGAUGUUAUCAUACCUUACCAAUGUGUUAAUCCUGGAUACAGGAAAAUUCAUGUUGGCAUUAUUAUUGCUGCUGUCCAAGAUGCAAUGGAUCACAUGGAACAAGAUGACAAAUAUGCCACUGAUGGUGGCCAGAGUAAAGGUGGCCAUGGAGCAGGCCGUUCUGGAGCAAGUGGCCUUGAACACAGCAGGGAUAAAGGUGUUGCUGCUGAAAGACUGGACAUUGAGUAUGGAGUGUACAACUCUCCCAUUCUGGCAUCAUUCAUUCGCUCCUUGCCUUUGAAUAUCUCACCAAACAGUCCCCCAUUUUCUCCAUGCCACUGCACUGAUGGAAGUCAAUGUAUGACCAUUGUCAUCACUUCAGAAAUUGGACAAGGUGCAACUGGCAUAGCCCUCCGUGGCACCCUCAAGCCAAAAAGCAUGGAAGGAACACUGGAUGCUGUUGUGAAGCUUGCAUUUGAUGGUCAACAGCGGGAUUCCCUUAAGAGUGUUCUGAUCUCUAUGCUGGCUCCAGGAUGUAUGCUGUCAACUUCUGACUAUGAUUCAGCUAUGUCAACAUUGGAGGCCAUCCAUCACACAGGUAUCAUCCACGAUGAUAUUCGGCCGGAAAAUAUCCUCAUCAGUGACUUCAGAGUUACAAUCAUUGACUUUGGGCAUGCAAGGCGAUGCAAUAUUGAAGAGGCUAAGGAUAUAGAACGCAAUCUAUUCUUCAAGGCUCAGCAGGCUUUAUCACACCAGCCACCGACGAUGUUCCUUGGUAUCGGAUAUUGGCGCACAGACUGA